GGGAUCAAUUAUCAGAAUACUUUUCCACCGUCUUUACCCGAACGCUUAUUUUGUUAUUUCCAUAUAAGUGUCCCUUUACUACUCCUAGUUUCUCAUUUUAACACAUAUACACAGCUACACAUGAAGGUUUUUUGUGCGUUUUCGCUUCUCUUCUGCUUGCUCCCCGUCCUAGCGGAUGACGAGUUUAGCUUGACAGGCACCUGGUCGUCCAAAUCCAACACGGUUUUCACGGGCCCAGGGUUCUAUGACCCCGUGGAUGAGUUACUCAUCGAGCCAGCUUUACCAGGCCUCUCAUACUCCUUCACAGACGACGGCUUCUUUGAGCAGGCGGCAUAUCAGAUUACGUCGAACGCAAAGAACCACUCGUGCCCGUCUGCCGUCUUGAUCUUCCAGCAUGGGAAAUUCGAGACGUUGAGCAACGGGUCGCUCAUCCUCACACCUUUUGCCGUCGAUUCUCGGCAGUUGUUAAGCAUGCCGUGCUCCGACAAUGGUGUGUCUGUAUACUCUAGAUAUGAGCAGGUAUUGGUCUUCAAGAGCUAUGAAGUGUCUAUUGAUGCGUACCACGGCAGAUACAAGUUGCAGUUAUACCAGUUUGACGGCUCGAAGAUGCAGCCGUUGUACUUAGCUUACAGACCUCCAAUGAUGUUGCCUACCAUCACGAUGAACCCGACCGACGGAGCCCACGCCUCAGCCACCGGUGUUGUCGCCAAGUUUAGAAACGUCAGGCGCAGCUUGGAGAACCGCGCACGCACCAACGCUGUCAAGAAACAGGAGUCACACUCCGGUUUGGUUAUGGCUUCCUUGGGGAUGAUUGGCUGUGGUGUCAUUCUCUUAACCAUCGGGAGUGUCUUUUAAGUGCUAUAUCAAUAUUAUAUCGGUACUUCAAAGGUGGUAACGCCGUAGCGGUCCGUCAUGUAAAGUAAAAAAGAGCAAGAAGAAAAAGCAGCAAUUAAAUUAACUUAAUAUAAAGAUUUGGACUA